GUUCUGAUUGGACCGAACUGUACUGCUCCUUUCCCCCCUCGACAAAAAAAAGGUGACUCUUCAGGUGCAGACGAAAGGAGGAUUAAAUUGCGCGUUGUUGCAGACGUGAACGAUGGGUGAAUCUCAGGUUCUGUCCAGGGCUGAAGCAUUGCGGCUGGGGCCACCCGACUGGAAGCACGCUUGUCAUGUUCUCCUCUAUGCCCCCUGCCCCGGCCGUCUUUUCGGAAAGAUCCCGUUGCGGUUUGCAGUUUUGAUGCAGAUGCGAUUUGAUGGUCGCCUGGGAUUUCCGGGUGGGUUUGUGGACCCCCAGGACCAAUCCCUGGAAGAAGGUCUGAAGAGGGAGCUGCAUGAAGAGUUAGGCCCUGGAGCAGCCAUUCUACACGUGACUGAGAAUGACUACUUGAACUCCUGUGCCUCGGAGAAGCCACAGCGAGUAGUGGCACACUUCUAUGCUAAACAGCUUAGCCUGGAGGAGCUCCGGACAGUGGAAGACAGGGCCACUCAGGCAAAAGAUCAUGGUUUGGAGGUGAUGGGUCUCCUGCGUGUCCCCCUCUACACCCUACGUGAUGGUGUAGGUGGGCUCCCAGCUUUUCUCAGCAACACUUUCAUUGGCAAUGCCCGGGAGCAGCUUGUUCAUGCUCUGGACACUCUGCACCUUGUCGCAGGAGAGCAACUUCAGAAGGCUGUUUAUAUGGCCAAGAAUAGACCUUGAGCCUUGUUGGCUGUGGCUGCUGCUGCCUUUCUCCAUGCAGACAUCUCUGAAGUGGAAUCCUCCAAGAACAUUUAGACUCAAAAGGAGAAAAACUGCAAGGAGAAAUCCAAGAUUAUUGGAAGAAAAUUGGAAAUGGUUGCUAUUCCCUUCCCUCCCCAUUUAAUGGCUAAGUGCCUCCAAAUCUGGCCCUAGAAGAGCCAUGGCUCUCGACAAGGAUUUGAACAUCUGCUUUGAUGUAUGUUUACAUUAUUGAUGGUGUCUGUGCAGCUUGAAUCUUCAUAAGAAAGGGUUAAGAGUGUAGCUGUUUGGCGCACCUCUGCUUUUGGCAUCCCUGUAUAUGUACAUAUUACACACAUGGGAGAUGUAUGUACCCCUCCUAUAUGCAUAUGGCUUCCAGAUAAUGACUUUACACAUAAUACACUGAGCCCUCUGCA